CCGCUUAGUUACCGUUUACUUUUCUCUCUGAAUUUUUUCUUUAAAAUCCCAACCGCUUCGUGCACUCCUCUCUCAAAAACCCCAUUUCCUACUUUGUGAAGAAACAUCUUGCUCUUUCCUCCAUCUUCUUCUCUCUCUCUCUCUCUCUCUAUCUCUCUCCCCCCCCCCUUUUCAGUGUAGCUUCUGGUACACUGAGGCUUUUCCUCAAGGGUUCUCUGCUUUUCUUUCUCUCGUUUCAAGAUUCGGUUGAAAUGGAUCCAAAAACAAUGCAUGUUUUGAAGGUUUUUUUCGGAGUCAUUGGAAAUGGCACUGCUCUCUUCCUCUUCUUGGCACCCACAAUUACAUUUAGGAGGAUCAUAAGGAAAAGAAGCACAGAGCAGUUCUCUGGCAUCCCCUACGUGAUGACUAUGCUCAACUGCCUCCUCUCCGCUUGGUAUGGCCUGCCAUUUGUGUCCCCAAACAACAUUUUAGUGUCAACAAUCAAUGGUACUGGUGCAGCCAUUGAACUGAUAUAUGUGUUGAUCUUCAUCAUUUUUGCCCCAAAGAGGGAGAGGGCCAAAAUUCUUGGUCUCUUCACUGCUGUACUUGCUUUGUUCUCUGCUGUGGCAUUGGUCUCUCUCUUUGCCCUCCACGACAAAUCCCGGAAGCUCUUCUGUGGCCUCGCUGCCACCGUGUUCUCCGUCAUCAUGUAUAGCUCGCCGUUCUCGAUUAUGAGCACAGUGGUGAGAACUAAGAGUGUGGAGUUUAUGCCAUUUUUCUUGUCACUUUUCUCCUUCUUAUGUGGAACUUCAUGGUUCAUCUUUGGCCUACUUGGCCAUGAUCCAUUUGUUGCUAUUCCAAAUGGGUUUGGGAGUGGUUUAGGGGCACUGCAGCUGCUCCUGUACUUCAUAUACCGUGACAACAAGGGCAAGGGCAGUGGCACCAAGAAGCCCAAUGGCGCUGUAACUACUGCUGACGAAUCAAUGGAGAUGGGCGUUGCAAAGCCCGAUCAACAACCAAAGCAAUCAAUUACCAAUAAUGGCGCCCAAGAUGGGCAUGUCUAAGAACCCUUGUCUGCUUCCUACAAUUGGGUUAUUGCCACGUGGUAAUGGCUAUCACCAAACUUCCAUUUUCCAAUAUCUUGUCGUUGUUCUGGUCUUGUACGUGUGGCAGCUAAUGAUGUUGUAAUCACAAUGCCACUCUAAUUAGAUAUAAGUCCUGAUGGAAUCAAUCAUAUUACUUGCCGAUUUCUCUUUGUUCA